UUCCCCACCCACUCCUGAUCCCAGACCAGGCAGCCGGAGGACAUUGAGCAACACCGAGGUUUUGAGUUUUUGAUAGUGAUAACCCGCACCAGGACUUCCCAGCUGGAACCGGAGUGGGCUCAGGGCCAAGGCCUGCCACCCUCAGGGCAGGCAGGAGAGGCAGGAGGGAGGGCCUGGAGCCCAUUGGAGCAGAGGCGCCUGCACCCCAGGGAGGCAGGUGUGGAGCUGAAGCUGCUGCCUCCAGACACGGGGUGGACAGACUGCAGGAGGCUGGAUGCUGCAGAGUGUGGCCAGCAGAUGCUUCCUCUCCUAGCAAGGCUGCACACUCAGCCUACCUGGCUCAGAGCGGAAAAUGAAAAGUCACUGGCACUACACCAGGCUGCCCAGCCAGGUGGAAGACACACAAUCUGGAGAUGAGAAUGAGCAGGAGGAAGAGGUGGAGGAGACCGCACAGGAAACAGAACCUGCGCCAGACCUAGUCCUAGGCUCACCCCUGGAGGACCCCUUAGAGCCCCAGUUGGCAGAAGCCAGCCAGGUUCUGGGAACAUCCGAGAUUAGGCAGCUCUGCCGCCACCUGCCCCCAAGAGUCACCGGACUUUCCUGGAGCCUGGUCUUCUGCACAUGGAGGGAUGGCUUCAGCCUGCGAAACCUGUACCGGCAGAUGGAGGGCCAGAGUGGGCCGGUGCUACUGGUGCUAAGAGACGAGGAUAGGCAGAUGUUUGGCGCCUUCUCCUCCUCAGCAUUUCGACUCAGCAAAAGCUUCUACGGGACUGGCGAGACUUUCCUCUUCUCCUUCUGCCCUGAGCUGAAGGUCUUCAAGUGGACAGGAAACAACUCAUUCUUUGUAAAAGGAGAUACGGAUUCCCUGGUGAUGGGUAGUAGCAGUGGCCAGUUUGGACUGUGGCUGGAUGGAGACUUGUACCGUGGCGGAAGCCACCCCUGUGCAACCUUCAACAAUGAGGUACUGGCACGGCAAGAGCAGUUCUGCAUCAAUGAGCUGGAGGCCUGGGUGCUGGGCUGAAGUCUGGUGUGGAGCUUCUUGUGGCACUGAAACCUACUCCUGGGAGCUUCUAGGCUCUUCUUCAGGGAAGUUCCUCAGCCCACACAUGGAUGGCCAAGCGUCCACAUGCUCAAGGUGACUGCAAGCCAGCAGCUUGCCCAAGCUCUGCAGA